AUGGCUAGUAAAGAGAGUUUUGAAGUGUUGGUUCACCACAGAGGAUUGAUUAAGAGGAAAACACGAUCCGGUGUGAAGUUCCCUGAUAAGGAUCCUCUCAGUAUUUUCGUGAGGCCUACGACGAGCUAUGACGACCUUGUUAGUUUUGUUCUACGAAAACUUGGUCUAGAAGGCGUGAAACGGGUUAAGAAGUUCUUCUAUCGCAUUCCAAUCUCGGUCCUCCAAGAAAUCGUGAAAUAUGAUUGUUUCACGAUUGGAAGUGAUGAUGACUUACAGGUCCUGUUUCAUUGUCGCUGGCAGUUUCCCAAAGUGAGGACACCAGAACUGUUGGCGAAGUUGGUUGACGUGGUAUCCAGCUCGGGGGGUUUGAACCGGAAUACCCCCACUGUAGCCACGGUAGCCGGUUCUAGCUCGAGACCUGCGGGUGCGUCUUCCUCCGUCCCUGUGUAUGAACCUCUGGUCCAGCCUGUCGCCUCCCCUUCGUUCGCUGUGGAUCUCAAUGGAAGUGGAGGCGGCAAAGUUGGAAUAGGGGAUUACGUGCCAACCCCUUUACAGUGUGCUGCACCGGCUGGUCUUGGAGAUGCAUUAUUGGAUAAUCCAGUGGACGAUGAUGUGGAGCCGGAUAUCAUUGCUGAUGACAGUGGCGAUGAUAUUGAACCGAGUGAGCCUGCUACUGCGGGAGGUGGUUCUAGCUCUCGCACACAGCAGUACCCUCCACAUUUUUCAUCUUUGGACUUGGAUGCAAUGAGGCAGGAGGGGGGUCCUGGGGAGCCUGCUGGUUUUGGCGCUAGAGAUGCAGAAGGGUCUGCAGGUUUGACAGAGUUUCAGGUUGGUCAGCAAUUUCAGGACAAGGAUGAGGCCGUGUUAACUGUGAAGACUUACAGCAUCCGACGCGGGGUACAGUACAAGGUGAUGGAGUCUAACUAUCGCCGAAAUGUUGGGAAGUGUUCUGAGUUUGGGAAUGGGUGCACAUGGUUGAUUCGGCUUAGCCUCUGGCAGCGCAAGGGCAUUUGGGAGGUCAAAAGGCCCACGUAUAGGAGGGUCUGGCUAGCGAAGCAGAAGGCCAUUGCGCACAUCUAUGGUGAUUGGGAUGAGUCAUAUAACGAGCUCCCUAUGUGGGUGUUAGGAGUUCAGUUGAUGAUGCCUGGUACGGUUGCAGUCCUUAGGACGAGCUCUGUUCGAGUUGGGGGAUAG